ACCAAAACGAAAAACGAGUAAAAAAUAGCAAAAACAACAACAAAGAAAGUGCGACCGCCACAAAACGGCGCAAUUUCAGUUAACGGCAAAGUGCAAAAGCGCGGACCAGUAAAAAUAGAUAGGAGGUGGGGAGCAUGAUGAAUUUUUAUGUAUAGAGAGGCCCAAUAAAUGGGGAGCCAUUGGCUAUAGAGGGAGUCCAACAAAGAGGUCUCAUUUUCACUCCAAUUUCCCGAAUAAGUGUCAGUGUUUCUGACAUAUCCACAUCCGCACAGUGGCGUGUCUAUAUUUCCCCAGUCCGUGCUAGAAUUAGAAUCAUUUCCGAGUCGAGUCAGUCAGUAAGCAGAGACCAACACAAUGACAUCCACCGAGCUUAAAAUUGGACUUACCGGCAGUGCUCGUCCCUCCAGCCGAGUGCUGAAGCCACCAGGCGGCGGCCAUACCAACAUCUUCUCGGAGCCCGAAGUGGCAGUCAACGCCCCACGUCCCAAGUACAAUCAGCAAAACUCCUCGAAUCUCAACGCCUGCAUGGGCUCGACCGAUGCCAACCAGGCCGUCGAGAAGCUGCGCGAGGAGGUGGCCACCCACAAGGAGGAGGCCAAGGCGCCAACACCCAGCCAGGCAAAGGAGCCGGCGAACAAGGCUGCGGCCACGAACGGAGAGUCACGUGGUCGCGUGCCACCAGGCGGAUACUCAUCGGGCGGCUUUUGGUAAAAGAGGAGGAAAGGAGCAGUUCAAAGAGGAGCAGCUGCCAAGCAUUUAAUGACUCACCACACCAACACAUCCUCAGCAUCCUCAAACAUAUGCAUACAUAAACCUAUAAAUAUAAUUCGCUUAUAACAUACAUACGUAUACACAAAUACCCAGAGGCGCAUAAACUAUACUCGUACGCAGAUCCCCUAAGAAAAAUGAACUUUUCGAUUAUAAUUUAAAAAAAAUCUGUCAUAAGUUUUGUUUGUAUUUCUGUCAACUAUUCUUGUUCUCUCGCCUAAGCCAAAUCUUUAACACGUCUAACGCAUUUGUUAAAUAUUAAAUUAACCGUGAUUCCGCCCCCAAAAUCUAAACAAAAAAAUUAAUUCUUAAUUGACGGCUAAACAUCUACCACCUAGUUUAUCAUAUGUACUUAACGUGUCCAAUCGAAUCGAUUCUAAUAGUCUGUAAAUCAGUUCAAAAAUCAAAUCCUUUUAUAACUAUCUAUGUAUUCCAAAAUAAAAAAAAAAUUAAUUAUAAAA